CGACACUGUUUAUUGAGCCAUGCUGUGCCGCACGUGGUUUGAUCGAAGAAGAUUUUAAUUUACAAAAGUUAUUUUUCAUAUAGAUUGUGAUGUCAUUUUUCAUAAGGAAUGGUGGCCGAGGAAGUGGAACGAAAAAACGCAAAUUUAAUGGCCAUCUUGGUAAAACAUUUACAACUCAAUCUACAUCAAAGCAAUCAAAGAAAACAAAGAAAUUUGUACCUGACGAUGAUGAAAGUAUCGCUAGUACAGAUGAGGAACUCGCAGAAGAAAAUUUAAGAGAUGACACAUAUAAAUAUGAAGAUGAAACUGACGAAGAAGAGGAAACUGCACAGGAAAAACAUUUAAGGCUUGCAAAACAGCAUCUGAAAGAAAUUGAAGAAAAAGAAAAAAAUAGGGUAGAAUUUGACGAGAGCACAGUUUCAAAAAGAUUACGUGAAGAAUAUUUAGAAGAAAAGGGUCGAUUAAGGAAAACUGUAGCAGUAUGUUAUGUUGGUCAUAAUGAGCUAGUUACAUUGAAAUGUAAAGAGCAUAAAACAUCUAUUACUUGCAUUUGUCUUUCCAAUGAUGGCCAUAUAUUAUAUUCGGGAUCCAAGGAUGGCAGUUUAGUAAAAUGGUCAGUAAAAGAUAAGGUUAAAUUAAAAGCUAUUAAAGGAAAUAGAGGGAAAACAAAAGAUGGAAUGAAAUCUAUAAGAUGUUUAGCCAUUAGCACAGAUAACAAAUUUUUGGUAGUAGGAGAUGAUGGGUGUAAAGAUAUAAAAAUAUUUUCUGGCGAUAGCCUCGAUCAUAUAAAGAAUUUACAAGGUCAUAGAGAUCUUGUGACCGGAUUGGUAUUCCGGAAAGGUACUCACACAUUAUAUUCCGCGUCUGAAGAUAGAAGUGUAAGAGUUUGGAAUUUAGAUGAUAUGGCUUAUGUUGAAUCUUUAUUCGGGCAUCAAAACAAAAUCACAUCUAUUGAUGCGCUUUCACGAGAGCGUGCUAUCACGAGCGGUGGUUAUGACGGGACUAUUAGGAUAUGGAAAAUAGUUGAAGAAUCGCAAUUGAUAUUUAAUGGACAUAACAAUGGUCAUAGCAUCGAUGUUGUUAAACUUAUAAAUGAAGAAAAUUUCAUCAGUGGUGGAGAGGAUGGACAACUCUGCGUUUGGGGAUGUCUGAAGAAGAAGCCAUUGUGUUCAGUAGUAGAGGCGCAUGGAAUAGACGAAACCAAUGGUCAACCAAUGUGGAUUUCAAGUAUCGCAACAUUGUUGAAUACAGAUUUAGUAGCAUCAGGAUCACGAAAUGGCGUUGUUAAAUUGUGGCAAUGCGGCGAAGGCUUUAGAUCUUUAAAUCUCUUGUUUGAAGUUAAAUUAGCAGGUUUCAUAAAUUCGCUCGCUUUUACUCCCGACGGAAAUCAUCUCAUUGCCGGUGUAGGUACUGAACAUAAAAACGGUAGAUGGUGGCGAAUACCAGAAGCAAAGAAUGCUACUGUUAUUAUACCAUUAAUAGUAAGUAAACAAAAAACAUAAAUAGGAAAUUGUGAAUAUAGGAUUAAUAUGUACUAUGUACAUAAAUUGAUUAUGCUUUAGGCUCCUUGCACACUGUUGACUAGUCGCUGGCAACUUGCUCGUCGGCGACCACUGAGCAUAUUGGAAUUUGUAAGCGCUUACGCCGCGACUAAUCUUUGUUUCUAGUCUCUCGGCAAUCAAGUCGCCGGCGACUUAGUCGACAGUGCGCAAGGGGCCUUAAUUGUGAAAUGCCUGUAUGUUAAAUCGACAUUACAUAUUUUUUAUAAAUCAUAAAACACAUUUAUUUUUUACUUUUAAUUAUGUAUAUUCAAAACGAAAGACACA